AGACGCUGCCGAACAUUCCAAGUGACUGAUACGUGUUGUAUGGAGUGAGAUUCCCAUUUUUAAAUCGUGCUCCUACUAUAGACUUAUAAGUCGCCAGCUCUCCCCCUACAGUAAUAGAACCAACCAACUUGCCAACUGACCCUAGUCACUCAUUCAAGAGUCCUCAGCUUUCCCUGCUAAUAUUCGUUCCACAACUCUUUCAACAUGUUCCCAUCACACGAUAUCGUGCCUGCAGCUGCCCUCCACGCUCGGCAAGCGGGAGUGGUGAGUUUGCUCGGAAAUGGUACCUAUCUCGGAACUUCCACCAUUACUAUCUGUGCUCCUGGCGUAGCUGUCCCAACCCCAGCAAACUAUCUGCCGUACACGACUGUAUACACAACGGAAUAUAUUCAAGUCUGUCCGACCGAGACACCCUGUGCGAAGGGUACCAAGACAGAGACUUUCACUAUUACGCAGACAUGUUCCGGGGGCAAAGAGGAGUUCACUCCACCAGCAAUUCCACCCAAUUUCACCACUGUCGUCCAGGUCUGCGAUGCUUGUGCCGGAAAGCCCACUUUGACCGUCACAUGCCCGGUUGCUCAAGUCACCGGCCCUGCAGUCUGUAGUGGUCCAGGAUGUCCUGUAUCUCCGCCCGUCAAGUCGCCAUGCCCAGGUCCUGACUGCCCACCGACUCCUCCCCCGGGGUCACCAUGCCCGGGACCUGACUGUCCACUCCCUCCUCCCCCGGGCUCCCAAUGCCCAGGCCCGAACUGUCCACCUGCAAAUACGCCAUGUCCAGGCCCGAACUGUCCACCUGCAAAUGCGCCAUGUCCAGGCCCGAACUGUCCACCAACUCCGCCUUCUGUUUGCCCAGGCCCUUCUUGUCCCUCUACUCAGUCGAACAGCACUACACCCCCGUACAUCUCCGCCAACUCAGGCUCCAAUGGACACAUUCACAUCGUUGCCAUCCUGCUUGGGGCUUCCGUCGGACUUGCCGCUUUCUAUUUGUAGGGGUUUCCAGCACCUGGUAUACGGGGUGUCACGCAACGUUUGGAUUGGAAUUAGACGUCUUGUAUUUCGCCCAGCUAUUUUCAUCGUACAGACCUGUUAUUAGGGGAGGGGUUUUGAACGGACUACACUUUUUUUUCUACGGAGACCAACUUGAUAUUUACCCAAAUUAGGCUAUUCAUUAAGCUUGUAGCUCUAUAUUAUAUAACCUCAUAUCUUUGUCGCAGCUGUUUUAUCAUUAAACCCCUCGGCUUCUACCUGGAAAUUGCC